AAUGAGCGAGGCCAGUGGUGAAAUGUAAUGAAUAGCCCACACAUCUUGGCUGUUUGAUCUCCAUACGGCCAGCAGAGGGCGCUCUGCAGACAGGACAGCUUAGACUUUUCUCUACAGAUGCUAUUUUGUUUCAGCCUGACCGGGAGGAUAGCCGACCUAAAUCGUCCAUCCGCUUUCCGAGCUCCGCGGAAACAUGCUUACGUCGGUGACUUAAUGUCCCCUGAACGCAGCCCGGUGGCUGACAUCCAUCGGCAGCGGGUCUGAGCGAGCCACUUCACCUCCAGCUGCGAAAUGUCAAAGCCUUUUGGACCAAGCGAGAGCGCCGCUCUGCGCCACACGGCGAUGAUGGGUGGACCAAGCGCAGCGGAGCGAUAAGGGCGCAUUCCCUAAUUUCCCUUCAACGCCGCGUCCUCCCCCCCCUCUCCACUAGCCCUCCCCAUCUCCAGCCCCGGACACACGACGUGAACCCAGUGACGGCUGUGUUUCCCCUCCCGUUCACACACACACACGUGGAUUUAUCCAAUGCAUUAUUUACCAGCCAAACUUCAGCAACUUGUCCUCUGGAUAUGGCUCCCGGUGUGAGGAGUGAUGGGCGGCUGGGUCAUCCCGAAGUGCCGGGAGCCUGUGGGGCGGAGGACGCCGAUGAUGGAUGCUCGCCGCGCAGGAGGGCAGCCGGAGGAGACGGGAGGAGGAGGAGGAGGAGGAGGAGGAGGAGGUGUUUGAGGAGCGCGCUGCGAGCCGGAGCGGCGGGGAUGCUGGCGAACCGCAUGUUGUCUGUGGCUCUGCUUUCGCUCCUGGUCCGGUGCGCCGUGGCCGCAGAGGGAAAAUCCACCUACGAUGCCUCCGGCUCCCCACCUUUACCGAGGAGCUCUGCGUUCACGGGUGCUCCUGUUCAACCAAUGGCUGAGCUGUCAGCGACAGGGGAGGUGCCUUUCCGGGCGGUCCAUUCGGACAGCGACUCAGACACCGAGAGCGAAGGAUUAUCGGGACAGCCUGCUUUUUCCUCCAUCCUAACUGUGAUGGCAGGAACUGUCAAACAUCCAGUGAGCCUUGAUCAAAGUAGAACCUUGCCAACUAUCAGCGAGGAUGAUACUCUCACCACCCAAUGGCCUUCACACAGUUUCAGCCAAGGCUCAGACGUGUCCUCCUCCUCGGCACCGGUGGGAGACGGCUUCAGAGCACGCUCAGAGCCAGAGAUGGACGAUCUCACAGCUGGAACGUCUAAAUCAGUUGUGUCCCCUUUCUCGAAAGAAACAGAGGCUAGUCAAAGCUCUUCUCAUUCAGACAGGAUAAUCCUUUCUGCUGGGCCCAUCGAGAACACAUCUCAGGUAUCGCUGCUGACCCCGCAACACGACACCACUACGGCCUCCGUGAAGCUCACCACGACAACUGUAUCGUCAACUACAAAACCUCCCACCACCACCACCACUAGCACGCCUUCUGUAAAAGCAACGACGCCCCCGACCACCACGACCACUCCGCAGCCCCAGCCUGUUACGAGAAGAACCACAACAACCAUCAGGACUUACACCAGCAGGAGAACGUUCACGUCAUCCAACCAAAGACCAAGCUCCCCGAGGGACGUCACGUCCGUCUUCGUUUCGCCUUUCACCACGACCACAGAGGCUCCGCAGCCGCAGUGCAACAUCACUGAGAGGUUAUGGGUGAAAACAGUUGUUUCAAUCUACGUAAGACGGAACAGGUUGGAUAGUAUUCAGAGACAGAACCUGCGAAGGGGACUGAGUCAAGGCCUCAGAAAAGCGUUGAAUGACACAUCAGCCCAAGCACAGGUGGAGACGGUUUUUGGCUCUCCAAACAUGACGGUGGCUUAUCACGUGACAGGAGGGGAUACAGUUUACUCUCCGUCUGUAUUAAUGGAGGGCUUGGCGUCCUACGGCCGUGAUAAGCUGAUUGCAGACCUGCGACAGUACCUCCCCAUGGUGACGGCCCUGCCUCUACCUGUUGCUCUGUGGAGAUCCAGCCCCGCCACUGGCUUCCAGCUGAAAACAGUGCUGCAGUUUGUAGGGGCAGGCGAUGAUCCCCGAUCCUGUCGCUUCUUACAAAUGAUGGAACAGAGGCUUGAGAAGGUCUUUUCUGAGGCGCAGGCCAAAGUUCUCAAUACUAAAAGUCGACUCGCAGUUCAGAUUCUGAGUGUCUCUCAGGCACCAGGCUCUCCUGCUGUGUCUUUGGUCUACACUGUAAAGAACGGGACCGUGUUUCUUAAUGGAACAGUUGCCUCCAACCUUCUUGGUCAGCUUUCUGCUGAGCUGGUGGGCUACUUCCUCUUCUAUCCCCCUCUUAUCAUUGCUGAGCCACUUGAAUACCACAAUCUGAACACGUCUGUUGAAACCAGAGACUUCUGGGUCGUAACAGUGAUCCAGGAUGUCGAUAAUGCCAGCCUGGAGGGACAGUACCAAAGCUUCGCCAGUCUAAUGGAGCAGCGGCUGGCGGACUUGUUUGUGUUGGCGGGGCAGCAGGGCACUCGUUUUAGACGAGCCACAACUGUGGGCAGCUUCACCGUCCAGAUGGUGAGCAUCCGCAGAGUGUCGGGCUUAAAGAGCCCAGCAGAGAUGACCUACUACGUUCAGCACAAUGGCGUUCCUCUGUCGGGCACUUCAGCUGCCAAGGUCUUGAACACAGUGGACUCUCAAACCAUGGCACUCACCCUGGGUUAUUUUGUCCAGGUGCAAGCAGAACCUGUGGUCAAGAACCCUCCUAACAACCUCUGGAUAAUUGCUGCAGUGUUGGCCCCGAUCUCAGUGGUAACACUCAUCAUUAUCAUCAUCACAGCUGUGCUGUGCAGAAAAAACAAGAACGACUUUAAAGCUGACGCCAUCGGUAACCUGAAUCCCAGAGCCAAGAUGGCGUAUCGCAGGGAUGUGAGCUAUUAUCACCAGCCAGUCCAGGGAUUUGACUACGCCAAGCAGCACCUGGGCCAGCAGGGAGGAGAUGAGGAGACGUUGCCUGUCAGUCAGGAUACUUUAGUGAUGUCCCUACAGAUUCGGGACACAUCACUGUCACUAGAAAAGUCACUGCAACAAGACGGGACAGCCAACAAGAAAAGUCUCACCGCUGACAAACACAAAAGCAAGUUGCCAAGUGAGGAUGGUUCCGUCAUCAGCAACGAAUCAGAGAAGCCGAAUUCUAAGAGGGGCCUGACGGUGCCGAAAGUCAAAGCGCAGCAGAAACUGACAAAGGAGGAGACCCGGAGGAGGGACGAUCCGUACGACACAUCUUCGGGCUCCCUGCAGCUCAUUUCCAUAAAGCCUGUAACUGCACAGACAAACUGCUCCCACCCUGCAUCUUCAGACCGCAGCCAGGAUUCAGCCGUCGUCAACGGAGAGGUUAACUUGGCGCUGAAGCAGAAAUCGGACAUUGAGCACUACAGAAACAAGCUGAGGCUAAAAGCUAAGAAGAAAGGUUACUAUGAUUUCCCGUCCACCAAUGGCAGCAGCGGCGGAGGUCGAGCCCUGGUGCAGAAAAGGCAGUGCGACUACGAGAGGGACGCCGGCGAGCAUGGCGGACCUCUGGAGCCAGACGAUGAGCGAGGGUCCACGUAUGUUAAGUCUCAUGGAAGGCAUUCCCAGGUCGGACAGAUGGCCUAUCGCAGCAGACAAAGCCUAAGCAGUCCGAGUCCCGGAGGAACAGAGAUGGACCUCCUUGUGAUGAGAGAGAGACCCAGAAGAGGCAUCCGCAACAGUGGCUACGAUACUGAGCCGGAGCUAAUCGAGGAGACAAAUGUUGACCAUCUUCUGGGGCCGCGGAGGUACAUGUAUGGUCGGGGCCUCAAAGGCCACUCAGAGACAUCCACUCUGAGCUCGCAGCCGUCCAUCGAUGAAGUGCGACAGCAGAUGCACCUGCUGCUGGAGGAGGCGUUCAGCCUGGCGUCUGGGGGACAGUCCACAUCUGGAAGGCAUGGCCACCACCACCAGCAGCCCCCUCCUGACCAGUACAGCCCCGCGCCGCCUCCCCUCCCGUAUUCAGACGUGGUCAGCAGCGUUCCAGGGACCAUGAGCUCUGGGCGGGGCGGACUUCACUGGGUACCAUCCUAUGGAGCGGACAUUUAUCAGUGCAGCCUGCCUAAACCUGCCUUUCGCUUCACCCAGCUUCCUGAGAUGGCCAUGGGUUCUCCGCCUCCCCUACCACCGCGCACUGGACCUCCCCCUAGAACCUCCCUGAGACGUUCCACUUCGGACUUGGGGCCUAAGGGAAGGAGCUCAGAAACAUCUGUCGCUGAAAUGCGGAGUCAACGGGAGAAGAACCCAUAUGGGCCAACCACAAGAGCAGCACUUCCAUCUAUCACUGCAGAACGGCCUGUGCCAAAUUACUCAGGAAACCCUAUAACUGCUGUCUACGCCAUCCCCGCUGCCAGGCCAGGGUACUCAGACUAUUUUGUCCCCACGUCCCCCACGUCCUAUCAUAGUCCCUCUUGGAUGUCCUACCCACCAGAACCCGAGGAUGUCCAACCGCAGUGGACAGACUCUGUACCCCUGCCUGGGUAUGCAGAAGCUUUUCCUAAUCCUCGUUACCCACAGGGGAGUCCCACCAGGCUGGCCCUGCAGUAUAGCCAGACACUGGAGCAGCCACCCACUGCCCCCCGCACAGCAUCCGAGCAAAGUCUGCCCCAGGUGCUGAAGAACAUGGACAGCAUGCCUCUGAGCAGCCUCUCCACCUCUGCACUCGUGCAGGCUAUAAGGCAGGAGGUGGCCAAGCUGGCGAAGAAACAGAAUGAUAUAAUUGAAUUUUAACACAGAGACGCGGUUGGGUCUUCAGCAGACGCACACAAAGGGGACACUUCUUCAGCGCCGUUUUUAAUAUUUGUACUGUCCGACUAAACAGACGGAUCUUUAACAGCUUAUCCGCCUCUUUUUGCACACAACUGGCGUCUUUCAGCUUGUGAAUUGAAGGAACUGAGAAAGAUUGUUCUAAUUUUAGAAAACAAUUAUUCAAUUAUUUGUUGAUGAUGUCCCAGGUAUUAUGCACAUGUCAGUGUACAUAUGUCAGUGGGACGAAAAUAUAAUUUUUCCUGGACCAGAUUAUUAUUAUUUUUUUUUUUACAUGACUGACAAAAGCAAAUACAUUAACAUAAUCGUCGGUACUGAGAGGACCAAAUUCUUCCCGUCGAAGGGUAAGUAUAACUGACAGUGUAUAUGAGCAUGUACAGUUUAAAGACAUCAUGUAUCUAACCAAGCCUGUUAUUGAGCAUCCGCUUAAACAAGAUUGGAAAGGUCAGGAUCAGCUCUUUUCAACAUUAAUCUCAGAACAAAAUAACACAUCCAUCUUUACUUAUACGUUUUCUUUUUUUUAAAAGUUUGUUUACAUGUCAGACAAGAAUAGCAAAUCCGCAAACCACAACUAUAGUUGAUAGUCUUGCGUUUUUAUUUGAAAGGUUUCAUACAUGGGAAUUAACCAAUGGACUAAGUGCAGUUUAAAUAUGUUUUAUUUCUGUUAAAAUAAACUUAACACCACUUAUUUAGGUUAAUAUAUGAUGUAAGGUACCGACGGAAGGUUUGGUAAUGUAAUUAAAAUGGGCUUAUAAAUGAAUAGUUAAGAUCUGCACGAGGAAUGCAGACUUGGUGAACAUAAAUGACUCUCAAUACAGAAUACUUUAUAAAACUCUGAUAGAGUUAAAUGCAUUUGCUUCAGACCUUUCAAGAAAGCUUCCAGUAAGUUCAUGUUGGCAGCAGGGUAAACGUUACCGUUUGGCAGUUUUAUUCUGGAUUUUUGUCUGAAGGAUUUUGUGCACAAACAGCGGCAGACUAAUGAAAUAUUCAAGUUCUUUUCUAUACUGGUUGCAGUGCUUUUUUUUUAUCUCACCAAUUAAAUCUGUGACUACAUGGUUAGUUUUGAGUAGAUCCUACUCUUGCCAGUCAAACACAUUUGAUUAUGAAAGGCAUAAACAAAGAACAUCUUGGGCUUUGUUGAGUUGUCUAGCACCCGGACACAUGUGGUUGAACCUUUCUGCCCAGUGGGUAGCAGAAUAGAGUCUUUACAAUGUGUGUCCUGUGUCAAAGGAAUGCUCCCAUUAAUACUGGGAUAUAGGUGAAGCAUUGGAUUGGUACGAGAUAAGCCUUGCAUUACCUUUACUUAUUGGUGGUCAUGAUAUUUUAGAAUGCAUCGAUAUUUACAUGGUAAUGGGCACAUUAACUAAAUUCUGUUCAACGUAUGAAAUAUUGACUUAAUACAUGUUUCUUUGUGAGAUGUACAGGUGGGUCUUUAAGUUAUAAAAUCUUUGGAAAGUGAAUUUAUGUCAGUAAUUGAGUUCAAAAAGUGAAUCCCAGAUAUUCUAAAUUUAUUACAUCAUUAAGUGGUAGUUUUAAAAUGUUUUAAUAAAUAUGACUUACAGCUGAUGAAGACCUGAAUACAAAUUUUCAGAAAGUUUGAUUAUUACACGAGCAAUAAUAAAAUUGGAUUUUCAAUGCAGAGAUUUCAGCCUAUAUGUCACGUCUAGAACAGUACAUGCCUUUUAUGUUUAAUUGUGCUCCCUUUGCAUAAAGUAAUGCACCAAUAUAGGGUUACAUUGAGAGGACCCACCUGUGGCUCUACUGAGUUGUCCAGGAAGCUUUGGUUGCUCUGAGAUGAAAAGAAAAGCUGCAAAAAUAAAUUGUGCAUAUCCAUUAAGCUGGUGAGCAGAGGGAAGAAUGAAGUGAUGAACAUUUCUUGGUAGAGUGCUGGGCUGACUUUCAGCUAGACAAAACUCAGCGAAUCAACACCAGCAGACAUAGCUCCUUAAAUCAUCACAUGACUGUGGAAAGGUCACACUCCACUUCCACUCUGUGGCUUCCUGGCCUCUUUUCUUUCAUCUCUAAAGAGAACUUUAGAACUCAAUCCUCACAUUUUUUCUUGCUUGUUUACAGAACUUGGUUACCAGCUAACCUCUUUAGCGAUUAUUAUGGCUCAAUGGACAAAUGUAAAAUUUUGCCCAUUAUUUAGUGAGCAAUACCAGAUCUCUGUUACACAAUUCCUUACUUUUGUUAUUGGUCGUAUAAAAUACCCUUAAUUUCCAACUCAGGGUUGUGAUUUGCUGUCGGUCAAAAUCAUCAUAAAAAUGAACAGAAAUAACAAUGAUGAUACAAAUCUCUCUCUCGCUCUCUCUCUCUAUCUAUCUAUCUAUCUAUCUAUCUAUCUAUCUAUCUAUCUAUCUAUCUAUCUAGAGAGAGAGAGAGGGAGAGAGUGAACAUUUUGGACAGCAUCAUCAAAUUUAUUCAACGAUAAAUAAAUAUAUUUUCUUUUGAUAUCCUAACCUAUCGACAUGCACCUGCACAGGACAAAGUCUGAACACCUUAUUUUACUCAGAUGCGUUGCUGUUUGUGUUCUGGGGGGUAUAUAUUUUUUCUUUUAUGCACAACAUUUUAUUAUUUACCACUAAAACCUUAGAGUGACCUUGAUAGUCUGGUUUGAAAGGAGCAUACCAUGUUUGGGGGUUACAGUGCAAGGUGAAAUGUUUAUACUUAAACACAAAUUGUUUAAAAUUCUACUUUAAAUCAUUAAAUGACAAAGUUCGAGCUUUCCAAGCCACUAAAAAUAAAAAUGCAACAUUAGAUUGAAUGGCAAGCUAUAAAAAUUAAUCUGAAAACAACAACAAAAAGAAUCUUUAACAUGCUGGACAGAGUGCAAUAUUCCUUGAGAGUAAUGUUCUUGUAGUUCAUGUUUUGUUGAUGAUCAAAGUCUCUUAGUGGAAUAUAAGAAGCUCUUUGGAGGUCACAAGACUUUUAGCAGGGACGCAGGGGAGGAAGGUCAGCUUUUCUAAAGAUUCAUUGAAGGAACCGGCUAACCUCUUUUUAUGAGGUGGACAUCAGACCAGUAUAAUGCUACAAUACAGGAGACCCAAAUCAGCUGCAUAAACUGUUUAGUAAAAUAAGGCACAGAUAAGAAAGACAAUGCAAACAUGAUCUAUUUGUGUGUAUGUGAAAGUUUUCCAGCUCUGGGAAAACCUUUAAGAUGUUACAUGUAGCGUAGUCCUGUAGCAGGGGUUUGUGUGAUUUGCAUCAACAUUGAGAUUGCCGACUUGUACUGUAUGAUUUCUAAUAACCUUAAAAAUAUAAAUUAUAUAAUCAUUGCUGUGAAGUUGUCAGCAGUGAGCCCAGAGAGAUAUCUAUCAGUGAAGAUGCCUUUGAAUUUUGUUUUUGAUAUAGCAAGACUGUUUUUUUUAGGAGUCCUGGAUGAAGUCAGCCUUUAACUGUUGAACAAAUCCAUCAUCAGCUCCAGUAACUGUUUAUUUGUUCAUACAACUCCAUGUGUAAUUAGAUACAUUAAGCUUCUAGAUCUCAAACUCAUCAAGAACUCUGCCAUCACUUGUUUGGCAAGAUUAUUAAACAUACAGCCAGGCACCUUCGUCUGAAGAACUGUACUGAGAACUGUUUUUUGUGUGAACACCUUUCUACAUCCUCAUGCUGGAUAACUACUCUAUUAAAUACAAGCUUCUGAGGGGAUUUAUCGGAUGGAAAAUUAGAAUUUAUUCAACAAAAUUAAAAAUGAGCUAACUCUGUUGGAAAAUCAAUGUCUUUUGUCCUCAUGUGGAGUUUCUUUAUUUUCUUUUCAUCUGUUGCUUGAUCUUGUUAUAAUUGAUGUUCUUCAGAGAUGGAUAUAAACACUGAAAACGAUGGGGAGUGAGAGGAAAUGUUAACCUAAAUAAUUAAAAUGAAAUAAAUGAUUUUAUCAUAUAAAAA